CUUUGUUUCUCAUCUUGACUUUAUCAUCCAUCUAUAUCUAUCGAUACCCUAUACAACCUCGUCUUGCCUAGAGCAAACGAGUGAAGCCUCGACGGCAUCUUGAUAAACUUGACGUUUGUCUCACCCUUGUCUUUCACCUCCAUCUCUCUCACGAGUUUUCCCCUUACUUUUCUAUCACUCCUUUAUCCGUUCUUCAGAACCAAGGAUCUUAAACAAGGUUUCUCUCUUUCUCACGACUUCGACUCGAAUAAACGACAAGCUUUCAAACUUUUGAUUCGUUCACAUCAACUCACGACAUCUUACUGUAAAGGAUUAAACCAACGACGAGCCACUCAAAAAUGUUUUCGAUAUUUAUCGGAUUGAUACUACUUUCAACAACCGCAUUGGCACAUUGUCAAUUGAGUUAUCCUCUACCUAUCAGAAGUCAAUAUGAUACGACUGUGGGAAAUGAAUAUAAGGAUUAUUCAUACACCAGUCCAUUGAUCACCGAUGGACCUUAUCCUUGCAAGGGAUUUCUCAACUCCUCCUCUUCCCUCUUAUCGCCCAAAGCUACUCUUCAUCCCGGUCAACCAUUCACAUUCGACAUCAUGGGUACUGCCACUCAUGGUGGUGGAUCAUGUCAAGUCUCUCUUUCUUACGAUAUGGGUGUCACUUGGUCUGUCAUUUAUUCUCAUAUGGGUGGAUGUCUUAUCGAUGGUAUGUCAACUACCAUCACCAUUCCCGAAGAAGCUCCUUCAGGAGAAGCGAUCUUUUCUUGGGGUUGGUUCAACUUGUUGGGGAAUAGAGAAAUGUAUCACAAUUGCGCUAUUGUCACCGUCACCGAUACUGAAGAUACGAAUACCCAAUCUACGAAGAGAAAACGUAGUUCGACUGGUUUAAACGAUAAAACAAAUUUUCCAGAACCUUUCGUGGCUAAUGCAGGUGUGAAUGAUUGUCAUACUAUCGAAAAUAUACCUGUGGUAUUUCCAAACCCAGGUAAGAACGUAGUUUACGGUGGGACUUAUAAAGAUACGAAACCUACCGAUCCGGCUGGAUUUACAGGGGAUAAUUGUGUUGGUCCUUCUUCUGGUUCAAACGUUGUUUUACCAACAAACAACGAAACGAGUUCAGGAAAUACUUCUCCUUCUUCUUCCUCCUCUUCGAUUACCUCGACUUCUUCUUCCACUUCAACUUCUACAUCCGAUAGUAGUGGAAGUAAAUCUUCCCCGGCACCAAACCCAAUCGAUGCUGAAUCAACCAACACAUCCACUACAUCUUCAACUCCUAGUCAAAGUUCUAUCACUCCUUUAAGGGUUAUAUCACCAGUGGGUCAACCUCCAAAAGGAUCUACAACGAAUACAACCAUCACAUCUUCAGGUAUCACAAACUCUUCUAUUCCAGACGAAGGAUUAUCCAGUGAUACCAAUACGAAUUCAACCACGACCGACGCUUCUGUUCCAGUAAAAGGAACAUGUCAGAAACCAUUCACCACGGGUAAACGUUCGUUACGUCGUAGAGACGUACAUGGGAGACAUCAAAGGGUUUCGAGACGUAAAACCGGUCAAGGGGAUGUAGUGGGUUUGAUCGAAAAACGACAUGAACGCCUGGUGCGUCGAGCCGUUUUGGUGGAGAGUGGUUCUUCUUGAACGAUCGAUGGAGGUAACGAAGUUUAUUAUCUUUGAGAAUCUGUGGUAUCUCAGGGAAGAAGGGUUAAGGUGGUAUUGUACAUGACAUAAUCACAGAGAUGUAGGAUGCAAUUACUUUGCUUCCAUCCUUAGU